AUGGCGCCCACAGAAGCGGAUCAGUCUCCCUUCGAGCGAAUGUUCGACCUGGAAACAAUCCCGGAAUCUCCCAAUUCCGGCGACAUGGACACUGCAUUCGAAUCGUUUCUCAACCUCCCCUGGUCCGCUCGAGACCGUACUACGGAAGGGAGCCGCGAGAGGAGCGGUGAGGCGAACGCGAGCAAUGCGGCACAGCGCGCGGCGCGGAAGCAGCUGCUCGCGGCGCUUAUGCAAGCUCUCGCGGACUCAGCGGCGGACGACACCGCCGCCGCCGCCGCCGAGCCUCCUUCCUCACCGAAAUCGCUUGAUGAGAGGGAGUUCCUCUCAUCCGCGGCGCUGGCAGCAGGGUCGCGGAAGCGCAAGGCGGCGGAGAUCGAGGAGGUCCCCUCCGCGGAUGCGCCUGUCGUUGGCGGAAGCGAGGAAGAGUCGGAGGUGACGCGUCAGCUGCGCCGUGCGAUUGCUAAUGUCAUCCUCCGCGGCAGCGGCGUCGGCAGACCGUGCCCCGCACCCGGCGCUGCUUCUCCCGACGCUUCCGCGCCUCCUGGCGCGGCUGCGCCGCUGCCAGUGGUUACCACUCAUGCCGCCAACCCCGCCAGCAGGACGCUCGCCCAUGACCCGCUGCCGAUGCCUUUUCGCCUGCCCAUCGCCAAUGGUGCUGCUCUCACUGCGCCUGCGUCACUAGCAACCAUGGCCGCGCCAGAAGCAGCACCUUGCAUGAUCUACGAUGACAAUUCAGAUGACAUCGCGGGUUUUGGCGGAAGUCCCAUGUGCGGAGGUGGGGCGUCAGAUGCGGACGAUUGGCUGCCGCGCAACCGUGGGCGCAAGGACAGGCAGAUGGCGGGCGGGCGCAUCAAGGCGCGGAGCAUGGCGGAGAGGCAGAGGCGGGAGAGGAUCAGUGAGGGGCUACAGAAGCUGCGACUGGUGGUGUGCGGACAUGGGGACACGGCCACCAUGCUCGACAAGGCUGUCGCGUAUGUCGACUCGUUGCAGCGCAGAGUGACCGCGCUGGAAACCGCCCUGCUGCUGCACCAGGCGUCGUGCAGACACCCAGAGUGGCAGCAUGGUUGCUCCCUGGCCUCCCCUGGAGGAUCUUCUGAGCUUUUGUAA